UCGGCAACGGGCACCUGAGGAUCCACCUCGGCGGGCCUCUACCUCGGCUCAGGUGUAUUUGGAAGCCGACUCUCCCCUCACUCCGGAACUUACUUCGGAACCAGUUCCUGGAAAAGUCAAGGUUCCCCAAAUCGGGCUAUAUGAUGGAACAUCUGACCCGGACUCACAUCUCGGUCAUUAUACCUCAUGGAUGGACCUGCAUGGAGCUUCAGACGCACUUCGGUGUCGCAUGUUUUCACUAACAUUGGGGCCUCGGGCCCAAAAAUGGUACCAUUCGCUUCCCCCUCACUCGAUUUGGAAAUGGCAACAAUUGAGGUCGGCUUUCCGAUCUCAUUUUAUCGGGGCCCAAGUAUGCCUUAUCCCGAAAGAGUCUCUUGCCAAUAUCACUCAAAAAGAUGAUGAAAGCGUUAAAGAUUAUAUCGCCCGUUUCAAUGACCGAGUUCAGAAUAUGGAACCCUGUCAUCCCGAAACUUUGCUUGUUAUGGCUAUUGCUGGGUUGAAGCCAAAUUCGAUUUUCCGCUGGACGUUAUGCCAAAAUAAACCGAAUACUUUUCAAGAAUUUCUCGCUCGAGCCCAACAGCAUAUCAUCGCGGAAGAAGCCAUGUCGGUUCCCGAUUUCAAUUUUAACCAGAAGUCCUCUAAGGCGGGAACCGACGAAAAAAGGAAGAAUAAAUUUUUCGACAAGCAAAAUAAGACUCAAUUCAGGGGGCCUCCUCGAGGAGACCCCAACGAUCCCGAAGUCCGAGCGGCCCGAAAACAGUACGCAACCGACGUGAAGUCCGGUUAUCAAACUGUAUACUCGGCGGGAGCAGCUAUUAUUUAUGAAGAAAUCAAAGGGAAGGGCAUUUUUCCAGAUCCCAAGCCACUUCGGAUGCCUGAAGAAAAAUUGGACAAGUCCCGAUAUUGCGAUUAUCACAAGUUGCCCGGGCACAACACGGACGAAUGUUUGAGUCU